CGCAACGCUCAGAGCGCUGGUUGACGGCCGGGACUCCAUUUUGUUCGCCGUUACUCUGUGCGUAAGUCGCUUCUCCGUGGCUUCUCUGAGAAGAAAAGUUGGAAAAGGGUAAAAGUUUUCAGGAAUAUUCGGGCUCUCUGUUGCUAAGCAUAGCGAGUGUCGGUUUUCUCUCUCCAACAGACAUCGCUACUGCGGUUCCGAGGCAGUGGGAAGAGAUGCGGCCCCUGGACAUCGUCGAGCUGGCGGAACCGGAGGAAGUGGAGGUGCUGGAGCCCGAGGAGGAUUUCGAGCAGUUUCUGCUCCCGGUCAUCAACGAGAUGCGCGAGGACAUCGCGUCGCUGACGCGCGAGCACGGGCGGGCGUACCUGCGGAACCGGAGCAAGCUGUGGGAGAUGGACAAUAUGCUCAUCCAGAUCAAAACGCAGGUGGAGGCCUCGGAGGAGAGCGCCCUCAACCACCUCCAGAACCCGGGCGACGCGGCCGAGGGCCGGGCGGCCAAGAGGUGCGAGAAGGCCGAGGAGAAGGCCAAGGAGAUCGCGAAGAUGGCAGAGAUGCUGGUGGAGCUGGUCCGGCGGAUAGAGAAGAGCGAGUCGUCGUGAGCACGGUCGGAGGUUUACAGCCAAUGGAUUCUGGUCAACUGGUGGAGAUUGGCUGACACCCUGGAGAAGCCGAAACCAGAGAGCCUUUUGUUUUCUCUUUUUUCCUCUGUCUGUGCUCUGUCUCACUUAACACUACGUUUUCUGCUAUGGUCUGUGGUUGAUGACCUCAAUAUGAGUUUCGAUUGUUAACAUGUUUUUGUUUGGGAAGUAAUUUUGUUUGAAAAUGCUCUCACAUACAGGAAUUAGGGCCUAGAUUGUAAGCUCUUGCAGCAGUCACAUUUGUUCCCGGGCUUUGGUUGUUACUUCUAAAUUUUUGAGGUGCUUUGCUCUUUCUUGUGUGACCUGAUAGCUCCCUGGAACUUUGGGUCUGUGUGUGACACAUGAGACUCACAGUUGGAGUUCUCCAGCUCUGGAGGUGCUGAAGGAGCUGCAUUAAUUCUAGAAGACGACUCCAUGCAGCAACUACUGAAGAAAGGACCAGACUUCAAUGGGGAGUGUGGAUGGGCCGACCUGGCUGGGACUCGUGAAUCUGGAGAAGAGCUGGAGAAUGGAUAGUAUUGUCUGUAUUUGGAGACUUUAAUUUCUGUGUGAGACCAAAGGAGGAGAGAUGUAUUUUGUUCAAAAUUUAAAUUUUUUGUGGUACACUAUCUUAUGUAACCUGUCUGGUGAGUUUGUAUGGACAACCUAACUCAGCUUUAUUUGACACGGAACCUAAAAUAGAAGAUAAGAUCUUGAUAUUCUGUACAAGUUGAUGUAAUACCCUGAUGCGUUUUAGAGGACUUGGCAUAAAAUGAAAGAUUUGCAAAGGCCCUUGAGGGGCUCGGGGAUGAGAGUAUGGAACUGUCUGCAUUGGACCCUAAAUUGGACUGGAAGAGGCAUCUUCAAGGUUCAUACGUUGUCCAGCUAUAAGUUCAUUUGAGUAGCAGACCUAACAAAUAUUUGAGGUCAAAACCCUACCAUGUUAAAACAAAAAAAAACUUACCACGUUAAUAAAAGUAUUCAUUUGCUUGAAAAGACGAAA